AUGGGCCAGAGCAUCAGCAAACCCACGUCUAACCCCUUCCAGAACUCCAACUUCUUCUCCUCUUUUAAACGUGGCCCCUCCAGCCCCCCCGCCUCCAGUCCCUCCUACGAUCAGCCCGCGUCAACUCGACCGAGCAUCUUCGCGACACUCAGGAGACCCCCCGUCCCCAAACCCAACGAUUUCAUUCCUCUCUUCAACGACUGUAUCUAUGCCGCCUCGUCCAGAACCCAAGAGUACCUCCUCUUCAAAGACCCGGAGGACAAGUUCCACCCGAGCCCUGAGGUGUUCACUCAGGUCUUCCUAAUGACCUACAUCUCUCAGAGCAUCAGCCUCAACAUAACCGACGCCUUCAACUGCACAGCCAUGACGCCCGAACAGCGCAUCCUCCUGGGGGCUGACUGGGUUUGGGCCGUGCUGGAGAAGCCCACCAAGAACCCUCGGAUCCAGAUCGCUGUGCAAGUCCUGCAUAUGCCUGACAAGGAGGACGUCGAGGAGAACGACAUCCCCCCAGAGGCCUGCAGUGAAUCCGUCCAGAUUGCUCAGAAGGAGUCCAGCAACAAGUCCAUGUAUGAGAGGAUGGUGGACUUCUGCACCUCCAUUGGCAAGGACUGCUACGCCCUGUUCUUGUUCAUGGGGAAGAAAAACGAUAAGGGGAAUAUCUACGGCGUUCUCAGCAACAACUUUGAGGCGGCAAUCGGCAAGUGCAACAAGAUUGACAGAGCUCUUAUCGAGAACUUCUUCAAAGGCUCGAGGUAUCUCCACACACCUUCAGGAAUGAUGCAGGCAAUUGUCACCAAGAAAGACGGAGAGCCUCUCACUCUCAUGAUUAAAUUCAGCUGA